AUGCCUCCUAAAGCGGCUAAAGAGGAGUCUCCGCCUCCACAGGAGGAAAUAGUUUUUGAGCGGACGGAGUAUGAGGAGCAAUGUGACCGAAUAUUCAAGGACUUGGACCGGGCUUUUAAGAAACUACAUAAAACAUCAAAACCGGAUAAGAUACAUGCACAGAUCAAGGAUAUUACCAACAAGCUUAAGGAGGCGAAGUCGCUUAUCAAGGACUUUGAGCGGGAGGCACGCGCGGAUGGGAUGCCAGCCAGCGAGCUUACCGCUCGCAAACGGGCCAUGGCAGCAGAGCUUAACGGCUUUAUCGAGAUGAAGAAGCAGUUUGCGCAGAAUGAGGGGAAUAAGGGUGACCUCCUGAGUGGUGCUCAAGCUGGAGAACGCAAUGGCUAUUGUAUUCAUGUGGAUCUUGUGGUAUGCGGACACCUCGCUGCCUGCUAUGCAGCCAUGUCCAUGCAGCAGCUGAUGAGUAAGGGGCGAAAGGACAUCGCGGAUAUCGACAAGACGCUGGACCGGGCCCAGCGAAUCGCUGAGGACACCAAGCAAGUGGGCGUCGCGCUUGGGCAAACGCUAAACGACCAGACGAAGAAAAUGGAGGACAUUGUGGACCAGCUGAAUGAAAUCGAGUUCACAAUGAAGAAGGCCACACAGAUCAUCCGCGAUAUCACGCGUGGCCUCCUCACAGACAAGUGCAUCGCGUUUCUGCUGCUUCUGGUCGUACUGGGUGUCGUGGCGAUCAUCGUUAUCAAGAUCAUUAAUCCCAACCGGAAAAAGGUCCAGGAGGGCGCGCAGGCGAUCAUCUCUAACGUCACCUCGGCGAUUAACAGCACCGACGUAGGCAGCACAAUCACCAGCAAAGUCACCAAUACGGUCAACGGCAUCUUGAACAACGGUAGCAGCAGCAGUAGCAGCGCGGGCAGGCGGAUGCUGGCGCAGAAGGUGCUUCUUCACGCGCUUGAGCUUAAUGCGACGUUGUAG